AUGUACCCCGCGGGCCCCCCUGCCUGCUCGGCCCCGCGGCGCGGCCGCCGCCCCCCGCCCGGGCGCCCCACGCAGCCUCUGCGGACCCCCACGCCUGCCCUGGUCCCCGCCGCGCGGCCGCCGCCCCCCGCGGCGGGGCCGCGGCCCCGCGGGGCAGUGAAGAUGGCCUUCCGCAAGGCCUACUCUAUUAAGGACAAGCUGCAGGCCAUCGAGCGCGUCAAGGGCGGCGAGCGGCAGGCCAGCGUGUGCCGCGACUUCGGCGUGCCCGGCGGCACGCUGCGCGGCUGGCUCAAGGACGAGCCCAAGCUGCGCUGGUUCCUAGAGCAGCUGGGCGGCGAGGUGGGCACGCAGCGCAAGAAGAUGCGCCUGGCCAACGAGGAGGAGAUCGACCGCGCCGUCUACUCGUGGUUCCUGGCGCUGCGCCAGCAUGGCGUGCCGCUCUCGGGGCCGCUGAUCCAGGCGCAGGCCGAGGCCUUCGCGCGCCAGAUCUACGGGCCCGAGUGCACCUUCAAGGCCAGCCACGGCUGGUUCUGGCGCUGGCAGAAGCGCCACGGCAUCUCCAGCCAGCGCAUCUACGGCGAGGCCGAGCCCCCGGCCGCCGGUCCCGCGCCCGGGCCGCCUGUCAAGCAGGAGCCGGUGCAGCACCCCCGCGCCGGCCCCCUGCCCCAUCGCGUCCUGAACGCCCCGGUCCCCGCCGAGGGUGGCUACGGCGACGAGCAGAUCUACAAUGCCAACGUCACCGGCCUCUACUGGAAGCUGCUUCCGGAGCAGGCCUCGCCCCUGGGCGCGGGGGGCUGCGGCCGUCGCUGGAGGGGCGACCGGGUGACGGUGCUGCUGGCCGCUAACCUGACCGGCAGCCACAAGUUGAAGCCACUGGUCAUCGGGCAGCUGCCGGACCCACCCAGCCUGCGCCACCACAACCAGGACAAGUUCCCCGCCUCCUACCGCUACAGCCCAGACGCCUGGCUCAGCCGCCCUUUGCUGCGGGGCUGGUUCUUCGAGGAGUUCGUCCCCGGGGUCAGGCGCUACCUGCGCCGCAGCUGCCUGCAGCAGAAGGCCGUCCUGCUGGUCGCCCACCCGCCUUGCCCCAGCCCAACUUCCAGGAUGCCCGCCCUGGAGGAUAGUGACGAGACCCCCAGGAGGUGCCGACCUGAGCCGCAGGGACCCCCGGAGGAGCUGCAGACCCCCGACGGGGCUGUGCGGGUGCUGUUCCUGUCCAGGGGCAGCAGCCGGGCACACAUCCCUGCGCCCCUGGAGCAGGGCGUGGUGGCCGCCUUCAAACAGCUGUACAAGCGGGAGCUGCUGCGGCUGGCCGUGUCCUGCGCCGGGGGCUCCCCGCUGGACUUCAUGCGCAGCUUCAUGCUCAAGGACAUGCUCUACCUGGCCGGCCUCUCCUGGGACCUGGUGCAGGCGGGCAGCAUUGAGCGCUGCUGGCUGCUGGGCUUGCGAGCCGCCUUUGAGCCCCGGCCGGUGGAGGAGCGCGCAGGGCAGCCAGCUGGCCAGGCCGAGGAGGUGCUCAGCGACCUCACGCACCUGGCGGCCCUGGCCUACAAGCGCCUGGCCCCUGAGGAGGUGGCCGAGUGGCUGCACCUGGACGAUGACGGCGGGCUGCCCGACGGCUGCAGGGAGGACUCCGGCCCCAGCCGGCCUCCCGUGCUGGUCCCGGGAGCCCCUCCCUCCCCGGGCAGCCCGCCCCCCGUCGUGGUGGGUGGAGAGGAGGAGGAGGAGGAGGCCACCGUGCCCACAGCUGGGGAGGCUGUGCGCGGUCUGGAGACGGCGCUGCGAUGGCUGGAGAGCCGGGACCCUCAGGAGGUAGGGCCGCUGAAGCUGGUGCAGCUUCGCUCCCUGAUCAGCAUGGCCCGGAGGCUGGGGGGCAUCGGGCCCUCUCCUGCGGUCCCUGACGAUGGGGUGUGACCAGACCAGCCCCAGCAGCCCCCGCUGGCCUUUCUCCUGCUGCACUCGGAGGGAGCGGCCACACAAAGCCUCUCCUCUCUUCUCCGCUCCUCGGGGGUGGCCCGCCCCAUGGCUUAGGGGUUUGCAGGGAUCCCAGUCUGGCCCAGCUCGAGGGAGCUCUGUUGGUGAAGGGUCGUCCCUCCACUGGUGCCCCCAGUCUCGCGUGGGGUAGGUGGAAGAGAGAGAGGCCCCAGGCGGCGCCUGCUCCUCCUUGCUGGGCAGGCGCACAGGCAGGGUCUGCAGUCUUAGCCGGGUCCCCUCCCACGCGAGCCUGAUGCCCACACCCCGCACCUCCGGGAACACUGCUGUGUCCCCACCCUGGCCCCGGGGGGCCGAGGCCUCCAGCCACGUUCCUGGCCGCACCUCCUGCCCUCCCCUGACGCCCAGCACUUGCCCUGGAUGAGCCCCGGCCCAGCCCUGGUGCUGCACCUGGUGCCGGAGCCUAGGGGUCGUCUUGGCGGGAAGCACACCCUUCAUUUUUGGAUUUAGCGUGUUAGGUCCAUUUUUUACAGACACUCUUCAGGGACCCAGGGUGGUGUCUCGGACCCCUUCCCGGGGCCACCUGGGACGUUGGCGUCCAGCACUCCAGGCCUCCCGAGCUUCUGACUGCAGCGAGAGGUGUGGGUUAGUGUUCCCCGCGUUCUUAGUUUUCCUUAAGAAAAUCCCCUUCUACACAGCUCUUCUGUUGUGUGCGGUUGGCAAGUACAAGACCUGGGCCCUGGUAGCAGGCCAGUGACUGGACCAGCUCCCCACCAGCCUGGGGCCUGGUGCCAGCCCGCCUCCCCAGAGCAGCCCCAUGGCACUGCCAGCCAUGCCAGGACAAUCCUCAGUGCCUUAGCUCCCCUCCCAGGUUGCUGCCCCCGCUGCCUGCCAAGGACCCAGCACGGCUGGAAGGGAGGGGGGGCUGGGUGGCCGCCCGGCUCCUGCGCUCUUGUGUUCCCUCUGGCGCUGCGUUCAGGAUCCCGCUGGUGGCCUGCGGCCCAGAAGCACCCAGGUCUCUCAGAGGCCACCCUGCGGAGACGCCCCGCACCCUCGUGAGAGCCAGGAGGCCGGAACGGAGGUGUCCCCUGCCUCUUGGCACUCUCCCCUCAGCCUCACCUGCCCCGUCCUCCUGGUGGCCGGGGGCUGUGUCUGUGGGAGGGAACGGCUGGAUGGGGGGGCAGCUGGGGGGCCCUAGAGCAAGGACGCAAACUGUUCCUUGGGGCGGUUCCUAGUUCCCCCUGCAAUCAAAAUAGAUAGAUAUAUAUAUAAUAUACACAUACCUCAAAUCUGAAAGCCGAGGGGGUGUAGGGAGGAUUGGGGGGCAAGAAAAGAGGGGCCCGGCCAGCCAGGCCCGGGGAGGCAGCCCAGCCAAGCCUGGCGCCGCCGCUUCAGCCGUCUCGAACCUGCGGUCUGCGUCAGCCUGGGUCUAACCAGGUGGCUGACACGGGGCCUCAGGACGGCUCGCGUUUGACACCAUCUGCCUUUCUGGCUGGUGGGGACCCAGGGACCCAGGCUCCCACUGAGGCUCUGCCCUGAUAGGCCUGCCUGCAGGGGCCCAGAGAGACAGACCUCAGGGCCCAGCUGGGCACCAAGGUUCCCAGCUCAGCCUUUAAACCCCUUGUGCCGGGGGCCUGGGCAGGGAGACUGCGGUUGGUACUGGGAACCGGUUAUCAGGACAGGGCACCCAGCUGGUCCCCUCUGGGCAGCCAGGGCUACAGCCCAGGAGGUGGCUCUGGCUGGUCUCCAUGGUCCUGGCUGCGUGCAGCACGUGAAGGAGGCACAGCGCGAGGCUGGGCCUUGAGCUUAGGGGGCCCUUCAAAGGUGGGGCUGGGGGUCCCCACACCGAAGGCUUCUGAAGUGCCCUCUGGAACGGAGGCACUGCCUCGGGGUGGAGGCUGCAGGAUGCGAACCCUGCACAUGGAGGGCAGCUCUGACCCUGGCCCAUCGUGCCCUGGCUGGCAGUCCACCUUCCUGGGCUCUGAAACCUGGGGGCAGCUUGGUCAGAGGUGUCUUCUGGGGGACGCCCGAGUUGGUCCCUGAGAAUGGUUGAAGCGGACCCGCGCUGGGUCUGGGCACGUGAGCUCAGCGGGGGAGGCUGUUGCUGGGCUGAGGGAGGGGUUCCUUGCGCGGGGCCAGGCGCCAUGCCCUGGAGAGCGCGGUUCCCCUCGCAGGCCUGGGAGGUGCUCAGGGAUCCAGCCGCCAGCCUCUCCCUGCCCGCUCGGGGCCCUAGACAAAUCGUCAAGGCAGCCCUUGGUUAGAGUCCCUGUCAGGGCUGGCCCGAUGGGCCGAGGAAGAAAGCUGCGGACACCACCCCGACCCACGGGGUUGGGAGGGUGAGGCCAGGAGGCCGGAGUGGGGCCUGUGGGGCGAGGGGGAGGGGGUGUCCCCAGGGGAGGGCUCGGGCCCCCCAGCCUGCUGGCCGGAGAGCACGCCAGGAUGACGGGGACCCUGGGGGCAGAUUCGCUCAGUGGCAGGUCCUGGGAAGUGGGCCGUGGGACCCAGGCUGUCCAGGGGCCCUUUCACACCCAAGGUCACUGACGGUGGAAUUCCCUGGCCGACUGGGCCCGGGGCGCUAUAAUAAAGGCUGAGCAUGCCAACCUCA